UUUCCCCGUCAGUGUAAUGCUGGAAAUAUCAGCUGCUCACUUGUCUGUCUUGGAGUCCUUGGGGCUAUUAAACUGAUCAGGCUGCCUGAAUGCCCUAGCGGCGUACCCCCUUAUGUAAACGUCGUUGCUGGGGGGGUCUCCACGCCGGCAUGCCUGACAGGAGCUAUUCCUGGGUCGUUCCUCGUAUCUGGGUCAGCAUGGCUGAGCGCACCGUACCCCACGCCUACCCGAUGAGCACCGAGUAUGAGAUGGCUUCCCCCAGUCGCAUCUACGACCAGAAUUUUGGGGAGGCUUUGAGUCCUCAGGACCUACUGGCGCCCACGCUAUACCACGGAUACUACAUCCGCCCCCGGAUCAACAAGCAGCUGGAGCGGGGCUUCUCGCAGGUGGAGUGCGAGGAGGACUGGUUCCGAGUCCUACUGGACGUGUGCCAGUUCACGCCGGACGAGCUGAGCGUGCGCACCGUGGACAAUCUGCUGGAGGUGACGGGGCACCACGGCCAGAGGCUGGACCAGCACGGCUUCGUCAGCCGUGAGUUCACGCGCACUUACAUUGUGCCGCUGGGCGUGGACCCCCUGUUAAUGAAAGCUACGCUUUCUCACGAUGGCAUUCUCUGCUUGGAAGCACCGCGUAGGAGUGAUGACCUCCAGCCGGUCAUCAACGACGUAAAGAUCAAUGUGGCUAAGAAAGGAGAAAAGACAUCUUGAUUGAAAAUAAAGGAAUAUUAUGUUGGAGCAAUACGAAUAUUACUUUUAAUUAAAAAAUGUUUGCUAUUUACAUUUUGUGCCGAUUAUGAGUAUUAGCAGGAUUAUGAGUUGUGAAUUCAUGAAUAAAGUCUGCAAUAAAAUCAAAA